CUUAUCAAGAGACAAUAACAUGUCCAAAGGCCAAAAAUUAAGAUUUAUACAUAGAGAUAGAUCUAGAUCUAGAUACUAAUCUAAUAUAGAGUCUAGAUUCUAGUCUAGAUCUGAAUCUAGAUCCAUUCCAGUCUACCAAUGUAGAUCUACAUAGACUAGAUCUGUACUUCUAUAACUAAUAUACUUGAGAUCUAUUUAGAGAAAGUGUGACAAAGGAUAGGAAAAUGUUUAGAAGUUAUAUUCUGGACCUAGGAAAAGCAUUUCAUUUACACGAUUUAGAAAUAGUAUAUCGUCAUUGUUACACAUUUUCACCUUGUGAAACAUUAUCAAAAAAAAAGUUAAGGCUAACAAAAACUAAUGGUAAUAACCCUUGGUAUGCAAUUUAUAAUCCAAACUUUCUAAGUUUAAGAUAUAUACACAGUAAAGCACUUAAAAGUAAGGUAAAACCAUUCCCUUUUAUUGGUGACAAGGUGGGACAAAUUGAAAAAGAUUCACGAAGCUAUUUACAAAAUGCUAAAUCCUUUGAAAAAUAUGUUGGCAUUUAUAAACAAGCAUUUGAAGUGUCAAUAGCCAGUGGAGGAGAGAAAUCUAUUGAGAGGCAUGUGAAGCGGCAUGGAAAAUUACUGUUGCCAGACAGACUGAAAUUACUACUUGAUAAUACUGAGGACUUUCUUGAGCUGUCAGUAAUUGGUGGCAUAGGAAUGGAAUAUGGUAAUAUUCCAAGGGCAAAUAUUCUCACCGGAAUUGGUAAAGUAAUGGGCCGAUACUGUUUGGUAGUUGCAAACGAUGGAGCUUUUAAAGGUGGUUCUAUUUAUCCUAUUACACUUAAAAAACAACUUAGAGCUCAGGAAAUAGCUUACCAAAAUAAGUUACCUUGCAUCUAUCUGGUAGAUUCUGCUGGAGCUUUUUUGCCACUGCAGGCAGAAAUAUUCAAUCUUGGGGGCAGUACUUUUUACAAUGAAGCUAUUAUGUCUGCAGCUAAAAUACCACAAAUAGCCAUUGUCUGUGGUAGUUGUACUGCUGGGGGAGCUUAUGUUCCAACAAUGGCAGAUGAAGCUGUGAUUGUGGACAAGACAGGUGCUAUCUUUUUGGGUGGACCACCUUUGGUUCAGGCAGCGCUGGGUGAAAUAGUCUCAGCUGAAGAUCUGGGUGGGGCAACAGUUCAUUGUGGUACAAGUGGCUGCACAGAUUAUUUUGCAUGUACAGAGGCUGAGGCUCUACAAAUGGGUCGUGAUAUUGUUGCCAGUCUUCAUGUUUCAUGCACUGAAGAUCUUGAUCUUGAACAUUUUGAUGAGCCGGUCUUUGACCCUAAUGAAAUCCCUGGACUUAUUUCAUCAUCUGGUAGUCACCAAGAUAUAAACAUGUACCAAAUCAUAGCUUGCCUAGUAGAUGGCAGUCGUUUUCAAGAGUUCAAAGCUAUGUAUGGUCAAGGACUUCUCACUGGAUUUGCACAUAUUAAAGGUGAUUUAGUAGGUUUGCUGGCAAAUCAAGGAGAGAUUAAUGAAAAGGAAGCAUCAAAGGGAGCUCACUUCAUUCAGCUGUGUUGUCAAAGAGCUGUGCCCCUAGUCUUUCUACAAAAUACACUUUCUGAUUGUCCAUUGAUAACAAAAAACAAAAACCAAGAUGUUUCACUUGGACUAGUUUUAAAAGCCCAAGCUAAAAUGCUAUCAGCUGUUAGCUGUGCUAAUGUGCCAAAAAUAACUGUCAUCAUUGGAAAUGGUUAUGGUUCAUCUCAUUACAUUAUGGGAGGUAAAGCUGUUAGCCCAAAUUUUCUGUUUGCAUGGCCCAAUGCUAGAGCAGCCAUAAUGGAACCUUAUCAUUUGGUGCAGGCCAUUGCCAGUGAGACAGGAGCUGAAAAUUCCAAAGAGACAUUAGAUAAACUACUGGAAAAAGUUCACAGAGAAUCAUCAGCAAUAUUUGGAGCCUCAAGACUUUCUAAUGAUGGAAUUAUUUUACCCCAGGAAACACGUAAAGUUUUAUCCCAAUGUUUGUCAAUCUGUAAAGCUUAUAGAGAGACUAGAAGUCAAGAGAGUCCUGUAUUUAGGAUGUAAUGAUAUAAGGAUAAAAUUCACAACAUUUGUCUUUAUUUAUUUUGUGUACAUUUUAAACAAAUUUUUGGCAGCUAGAUGUUAUUGAAUCAAAUGUAAUCAACAUGAUGUUAUUGUUAGCUGUGAUGCUUAAAUGAUAAUGGCUGUGUACUUGUAAGAAUUCUUUGUGUAUACAUUUUUUGAUUGUGAAGAAUGUAAUUAUUUUAAAUGGUGAAUUCUAUACUUUUAAACAUAGAAAUGCUUGUUUACUUGAUAUAGAUGAAAUAAAUGUUCUGGCACAUUUUACAUUUAAAUUAUUACAAUGUGGUUAGUAAGAAAAUGACAAACUAUUCUACAAAUUAAACAUUUUUUAUUUUUUUUAAAGAAUGUACAUCAACAAAAAUAAUUUUUCAAAAAUUGUUUUUUGUUUUAUAAAUAAUAAAAUUAUUGAACAGAU